GUGAAACGUAAACUCACCUGACAUUUUACGGGCUUGAUAGUCGAUUUCAAGCGCGUGGUUUCUUUUCUUUGUUAGCGGUUAAGAUAGGCUAGGCUAAGGUUAGCCAAACACGUCACCAUAUUUCAAAGUGCACGAUGCAUCCAAACGACUCGAAGCGGAAGCAAGAUUGAAAGGAUUUUUGGUGUGUCCUCGGAUGGAUUCUGCCAACUUUCCUCAAGUGGCCUUGGAGAAGUGAAAAGGAGACGACAUUCAAGUCCCUUCAGAGUUCAGACCAGCUAUAACAAUUUACCGCAGCUCUACGCCACUCUCGCUCUCGGGACACGCAGACCGGAAAUAGCAACAAUAGGGCAAGUCUUCUUCUUCUUGUUUUUUGUCAGUUUACCCCUCGAAUCACUGCUGGGGCUUUACCGCCAUCUACUGGGUUGACAUUUUUCCGAGGGAUCCCUCUCGACGCUUUUGUCGUCAGAUCGAAUAUGACGUCAUCAACACUCGCCGUCGCGUCCGAUUGCUUGAACUGUGCUUUCCUUCAUCAGUUUGAAGACGAUCCCCUUUUCAUAUCUGUUUGGUUGGCCCCAUGACGCAACACCCUGAAAGAGGGCAGCUAUUGUAGGACACGCCAAAAAUCCGUCCAAUCAUUCCUCUUCGAGUCGUAUGGGUACACGUUGAACCUGACCUGCUUCAGUUAGCCUAGCCUUGUUUCGCCGCUAAACUAAGAGAACAAACAACGCGCUUGGGAUCAAGACAUCAUAGAGGAGAAAAUAUAUAAAGCCCCAAAAUGUCAGAUUUCGGGGGUCCUGAGUGCCAGGAGUCUGCUCACAUAAAAAAAGAGGAGGAGGAAGAGUCGCCAUACAUCAAAGAGGAGGAAGAACCUGUACACAUCAAAGAGGAGCAGGAGGAGCAUUUCAUUACAGUUGGAGACUGCCACAUUGAGGAGAAGCAGCAACCUCUUCCCCUCAAAAAGGAGGAGGAAGACUCUUCAUAUGAUAAAGAGGAGGAGGUGGACAUCCCCACAUGGACUGGCGAGCCCUUGAAAAGUGAUGAUGAAGGUUCGAGUGAAGCCAACAGAGGGGCUAAGCCUCUGAGUGGCAGCAGCUCAACAGAAGGAUCUCAAGCAAACAACCUCAUCGCUCCACUAUCAGAUAGUGAUGACGCCACUUCACAGUCUGAUGAUUAUAUUGAUAAAGGUCAUAGGACAGCACUCUGUGACAACAACACCUGCAAAUGCUUUCAGUGUGGGAAAACCUAUAGUAAAACGUGUCAUUUGAAAAGGCAUAUGAGGAGCCACACAGGUGAAAAACCUUUUGCCUGCUCAGAAUGUGAGCAAAGAUUUGCUCGGAAGGAACUCUUAAAACGGCACACAAGAACACACACUGGAGAAAAACCUUUCUCCUGCUUAAUUUGUAAUCAAAGAUUUGCGUAUCGGGGAAAUUUACAAAAACACGGGAGGUUUCAUACUCGAGAAAAACCUUUUUCCUGCUCAGUUUGUGGUCAAGCGGUCUCUGAAAAGCAUAAUUUAAAAAUACACGCCAGAAGCCACACUGGUGAAAGACCUUUUGCUUGCUCAGACUGUGGCCAAAGAUUCAAUCGGAAGGGAAGUUUAAAAAAACACACAAGAACCCACACUGGUGAAAAACCCUUUGCCUGCUCAGACUGUGGCCAAAGAUUCUCUCAGAAGGACAACUUAAAAACACACAUAAGAACCCACACUGGUGAGAAACCUUUUGUUUGCGCAGUUUGUGGUCAAAGCUUUGCAGAAAAAGGAAACUUAAAAACUCACACAAGAACACACACUGGCGAGAAACCCUUUUCCUGUUCAGUUUGUGGUCAAAGCUUUGCAGAAAAAGGAACCCUAAAAUGUCACACAAGAACACAUACUGGAGAGAAACCCUUUGUCUGUAAAGUCUGUGGCAAAAGAUUCACUCAAAUAGGAAACUUAAACAUGCACACACGGAUCCACACUGGUGAGAAACCUUUUGUCUGCUUAGUUUGUUGCCAAAGAUUUAUUCGCAAGGAUCACCUUAAGAGACACGUGUGUGUUAGUGUGCCAAGCGGUGGCCAAUGACGGUUUUGCCUAUCCUCGGUGCUGACUUCAUCAGUUGAUACAUCCAAGACAAGAUUGUAUUAUAUGGACCUUUCUUCAAAUCCUGUUAAGGAUUAGCACGGUUGGUGCAAGGGCUGAACGAUAUUGGAAAAAACAGACAUUGCGACUUUUGGGAGAUUUACGAUAUUAAAACUGGAAUAAUUUGAUAAAUUGAAUAAAAUUUGGGAAGACUGUGAAAAAUACAUAUUCAAAUUGAAACGAACUAUAUGCUAAAUGAAAUUGUAUAUCUUUUGUUGGCGUUGGCUUUUGACCUCGCACCCACAACUCAGCGUGUUCGUUUUCUGUUCUGGAGGCUUUAAAGGAGUUAACACACGAAGACUGAGAGUCUCUGGGUGCAGUCAAUCAGCAAAAGCUUUAAUGAAUGAGGCACAUAUGGGUUAAAGCGGAAGUUCAGAAUUUUUGACAUUAGGCUUCAUCUUCAAGUUAGCAGGGGUUUAAUUAGUCGGUGGAGUUGAUUUCAACAAAUUAUGUGCAUUUUGUUAGUUAUGUAUUCAUUUCAGGGCUCCAGAGUGGCGAAGCUAGUGCGAGUCAGUGGUCCCUUUCUAGCAUGCCAAUAAAAAACGAUAUUAACAGAUCUAACAUAGUCAAAUAAGUUCAAAAUCCAGAUCGUUGUUCAAAAUACCCAUGCGGCCAAAACAAUGUCACACCAAACUGCGGUAAUUCAUUUAUUUCUGCGGGACAAGUUUUUUAGAUGCGUAAUGCGACCACAAUAGACUUAUCCCACUAGGAAGGUACCAGUUGCGACCUCAAAGCAUUCCAAGCAUUUUUUAUUUUGGCCAUCAAAAGACAUGUUGACCUCCAGCAAACCUGCCUUCUCGUAAGCGAUCAAAUAGUGGAGGAAAAACGACAGCUAAGGUAAAUACCACACUGUUAACUGCCCUCUUUAGUUUUACUAUUGCCGGUCUGCUUUUCGACAGGCAGCGCAUUUUGUCGAGUGACGUCUGAAGAAACUCGUGAAGUCUUGUUACUUUUUUUCUUUGACGACUAGGGCCUCCCAGUUCAAGUGGCGUUCCAAUCAUAUUUUUCCUGGUCGGAGGUUGGAAAACUCCACCUUCCCACCUUCCUCGAAUGGAGCGUCAGUCUACAGGGUCGUGACUGAAGAACGGCAACAUAGUGGAAAGUGCAUUUAGAGGUUUUGAAACCAGACAGAAGAAAUGGGCAAAGUAAAGUUUCCACAAAUUCCCUUUGAAAAACGAGGAACAAUACAAAUUUUGGCUACAACAUAAACACACUGGUGAAAAAAAUACAGAGCUGCUGGAUUACAAAUGUUGCUGUUCAUACUAGUUAUUGACAUGCAAUGGUAAAUUUAAAUAACUUCAUCCUGAAAACAUAGCCAAACACUAUUGAUUGCAUGGGUCAUUUGUGAUUUUCAUGCGUGCAUAUUAGGGCUGCAGCUAUCGAAUAUUUUAGUAAUCGAGUAAUUGACUGAAAAUUCUAUCGAUUAAUCGAGUAAUCGGAUCAAACAUUUUUUUUUAGGUAAAGAGCAAUUAUAAAUAUACAUGAGAAAAAAAGGCAUUUAAUCCAAUAUUGAACCAUUUUCAGGCAAUCAAUGUCUUUAUUUUCAUGUACAUUGUUGAAAACAGCCAACAAUUGCAUCUAAGAUGUAACUAAAAAAAAAAUACACUGCUUUCACUCAAAAAACUUCUAAGAAAAUUUCUUACCUAAAAAUGUAAUCACGCUUGAUAACACACAUCACUUGAAAGCUACGUGUUUCUCCCACGUGUUUCAAUUUAAUUUCCAUUUGUGUCAAGCUAUUUUUAAGUUCUAUUUAAGUUUUAAAUUAGUCUAAACUGUAAGUACUGAUAGGAUUUUGAGUUUUUGCAGUGUUCAAAAUAAAUGUAUGAUACCUGCUGUAUUGGAGCACAUUAGGGACCAGUGCUACUUGGUGACUACUGAGCUAAAACUGUCAUUGAUCUUUAUUAUAUUUUAAUUUUACACCCUCAUCACUGUACAGCGGCGUGUUUUUACUGAUUAAAUAAAGCCUGUAUGUAAUACACCUUAGCCACGCAUCGACAGUGGUCAUAAUCAAUAGAAACCUAGCCCUCCGAGGGGCUAACGUUACGUGAUCGAGUGACAGUAACGUUAUAUUUACCAGCGAUGAGAAGUCUACUGCUUAAAGAUGGCGGCUGUUUACUAACGCUGCCCUGACGCGGCCGAGUCUGUCAUUUUGCAUCUAGUCCUAAAUGCAUGCGAUAUCUAUGAGACGCAUGGGACACUAUCUGUUCCCACACUAGCAUCAUGCGGGCGUAGUUUUUAGCAGCGUCGGCGUAGUUUGUAGCGGCUGUCGGCUGCAGUAAGUUUUUUUAAAUUUUUUUUUUAUUGGAUCCUCCUCUAUGCACGUGACGUCAUCGCGUUGUCCUGGAUUAAAAGUAGUCCGGGCAAAACGUGAUGCUUAGAGCUGGCAAAAUUAAAUGAUUCCUCGAGGUGAAUAAAAUUACUCGGAUCAGUUUUUAAACUCGAGUUACCCGAGUUGCUUGAGUAUUCGUUUCAGCUCUAGUGCAUAUGCAACAGCAUGCAGGGACGGGCCCAUUGACUCGCGCUAGCUUAGCCACUCCGGAAACUAAUAAGUUAAUAACUGUACGGAAUUUGUUGAAAUCAACUCCACCGACUAAUUAAACCCCCGCUAACUUGAAGAUUACAACUGUACUGUUUUAAGUCCAUUAAACUUUUAACAAAGGUUAUGAGAAAAGACAAAUAGAAUUUCUCAGUCCACAAAUCUGAGAAAUGUCCUGUUCAUUCAAAUGCUGCUCAUGCUGCUGAAUGACAUAUUUUCUCGUGGGCAAAGCACUGAUACAAAUUGUACCAAUGAGUCAUUUAUUUUCUUUAAACAAACCCAACAACAAAAUCGAAUAAAGAGAAGGCAGACUGUUACUGCUGCUACCAGUGGAAAUUAAAACGUCCUACAACUGUCUGGCAUAACAGAAAAAAUCAACAAUCCAAAUCAAUUUCAAAGCAGACUCUCUAGGGGUUCUUAAAAAAAUCGAUUCUGAGAUAUCGCAGUAUUAUGUCACAAUUCUCGUAUCAAUUCAAAAUACGUCUAGCAAUCCUUUCACGUAUGUUUUUGGCUAAAAAUAAACAAUUCAGUGACUGCACUUCUACUCCUGUCCAGUAGUUGGCAGUGAGCAGCAGCAUUGCCUUGCAUUCUCCUAAAGUAACAACAACAUUAGACUAAGCCGAGUAAAGAUUUGUCUAGUGGUUGGCCGCCAUUACUGUGGUGUUUACACACCUUUAGCAGCCCAGCAUCAGUCCAUGUAAACAGUAACAUUAGCCAGUUGUACUAAGUUCAUUUUGUCUACACUUAUAGAUUAUUUAAAUUUUUCUUUUAUCACAGACAAACCUUUCAGGUUCCUCACAUGCUUCGGUGUGUACUACGGCCUUCGGUCACUGGUGUUGGUGUGGCGCUUUUUAUCAGCUGGUGAAUCAACAGUGACGAGGAAGUUUUAAUGCUAUCUAUUACUUGGACCGGCAUCCGGGAGGAGUGAACGGACAGCAGAGGUCGUGACUCGCCUAUCUAAUCUGACAGGUGAGUCACGCCUUCAUUCAUCAGCUGAUAAAACUGCGUCUCACCAACACUAGUGAACCCGAUGAAGACAAAAGUAAACGUCGAAACGUGUCAGGUAAAUAAAACACACCUCAGCAAUAGCGUACGGACUACCUCUGGUUGCUUGGAUUAGUCACUGAAACUGGGCUCAUUUUUGCUUUUACUCAAAUCAAUAAACUUUAUUUAUCCCUUGGGAGACUUCCCUCAGGGAAAUUAGUUUCCAGUGCCUAUAGCAACACAGGGACUAAACCAGUUUAGUUUGCACUAAAGAAGAAAGAAAAGAAAAAAAUGUAUAAUGAAAGCCAUAUGUUGUUCACACAUAAAAGAGAGACAACUUUACGAUCUAACAAUAACUCAAGUGCUAAUAUGCUUCUCCAAAACACAAUACAAAUAGACACUUAAGAGUAUUGUGAAUUUGAGAUUGUAUGAGGGUAUUUUGGAGUUUAUUUGUAUAAUGUUCGCUUGAUUAAAGUAGUAUUUAAAUGCAUACAUUAGGGAGAAGUAUUUUAUACACUGCCAAUGGGUUUUCCCAUUGGCAGUGUAUUAAAUACUUGUUCUACCCACUGUACAUGUACAGUAAGGAAAAUAAGUAUUUGAACACCCUGCGAUUUUGUAAAAUUUCCAACUUAGAAAUGAUAGGUGGGUUUGAAAUUUUCAUAGUAGGUGCUUGUCCAAUUUGAGAGACAAUCUAAAAGAAAAGAAAAAUCCCCUAAUCACAGUGUAUGAUUUUUUUUUUAAACAAUUCAUUUGUAUUAUACUGCUUCAAAUAAGCACUGUCAUUUUCGGACUAUAAACCGCUACUUUCUUCAUUUAUAAUCCUGCGGCUUAUAGUCAAGUGCGGCUUAUUUAUUGAUUUAUUUGGGUUAAUAGGUAACAAUUUGACAGCGGCGUCAUAAGACCGUCAUAAUUAUGGCAUGACACUAUCAUGGGCAUUACCGAAUGCUUUUGACCGCAAAUUAUGUCACUUAACUUUUAUGUUUUAUUUAUGUCCAGUUCGGAUCUUUUACAUUCAAAAGUGAGAUAAUUUGCCGGAUAACACUAAAUGACAUCUGUUAUAUGCAUUCAUUAAUGCUCAUGACAGUUUCAUGUCAAAAUUAUGAUUGUCUAAUGACAGUCUUAUAGUGCCACUGUCAAAAAAAGUGUUACCAAAUACCAUAACUAGCAAUUAAUGAAACAACUGGAACAGUAACUGAAGAAGUAAUGUAGCACAGAACAUGAACUUCAAUUGGUAUUUACAUCUGUAGCGCUGCAGUGCUUGCUAGGAGGCAUGUUGGACAACAACAGUGUUGACAGCAGGUGGCAGCAGAGGUUGACUGUAUCCCCCAAGGGAGCAGUGAUGGCCAAAUAAAGUUUCUUGAAACAAUGAAGUUUUGCAGCCAAUUGGUUCAAAGCUUCAUGGUGGUUCAUUUGGUCUUAUAACAGUCAUAUGAUGCCGCUGUCAAAUAAAGUGUUACCAGUUUUCGUGUCAAAUUUGGUGGGUGGCCGCUCAUAGUCAGGUGCGCCUUAUAGUGUGAAAAUUACGGUAUUUGAACACCUGUCUAUUAGCUAGAAUUGUGAGCCUCAAAGACCUGUU